ACCAAUAGCAACAGCAACAGCAACAGCAACAGCAACCACAAUCAAGCAACAACACCAAUUAGCAGAUUGCCAACAGCACCACCAGCGAGCGGUCAUGUUAGCAGCCAGCCUGAGCCGCCGCACCACCACAGUCAAGCGAACACGUACAGCAACUAUUGGAGCAGCAGCGAGAUGGUAUUGAGCACCGAAUGGUCGCAGGUGGAGGUUAUCGAUCUGAUCAACGAUGGCAACGGGCUGGGCUUCAUUCUGGUGGGCGGUCGCAGCACGGGCGUUGUCAUCAAGGCCCUGACGCCGGGGGGCGUGGCCGAGCGGGAUCAACGCCUGCAGCUGGGCGAUCAUCUGCUGCAGAUUGGCGAUGUGAAUCUGCGCGGCUUCAGCUCGGAGCAAGUGGCCACAGUUCUUCGUCAGACCGGAGCUCAGGUGCGUCUGAUUGUGGCUCGGCCCGUGGAGCCGACGGCCAUCGACUACAAUACGCUGGCCAGUCAUGCGCCCAUUAUACCAACUAAGCUCCUCUCCGACCCGGAAGAACUGUCGCGGCAUCUCUUUCAGAAUCCGAGCUUGGCCACGGCGACGACACCCCUGGAUGUGGGCAGUCUGGUUGGCCUGGUCACGGGCGCCCCAGCUGGCGAUACGGCUGACCAGGGCAAUGUGCCGUUGCCACUGUCACUGCCCCUGCCCCUGCCCCUGCCCCAUUCCCAGUCCCACACCCAGACCCAGUCACAGUCCCAGUGCCAACCCACACAGUCUCUGCCUCUGUCCCUGUCACUGCCUCUGUCCCCGACCAUGCCCUCCAUGCCCGCCAUGGCCCCAGCGCCCGAUACUGAGCUGGCCGAUCUGCCGCUGCCGCCGAUACCCGCCAAUCUGGCCAGCAGCAGCAGCUCCUGCCUGCAGGAUCCCGACAUUGUGCCCUACUCCAUACUGUCGCCGCCUCCGACGACAGCGCUGCUCACGGCGCGACAGUCGCUGCAAUUGCCGCUGGGUCAGUGCUGGCAGACUGAGGACGACGACGAUGAGGAUGAGGCGCAGCAGGGGGAGGGUGGGGAGGAUCUGGAGGAUGGGGAAGGAGGUGGGCAGCGGGCUCAGCAUGUGGAUGGCACUGUGAUAGCCGGCAAAAGGUCGGCAAAUGACGGCGACUGUUGCUCCGUGGACUCCGAGUCGCCCUCCACAUACGUGGACUCGCCGGAAACGGAAACGUACGUCGUGGUGCUGCACAAGAACGUCUACGGGCUGGGCAUCACCGUGGCCGGCUACGUCUGCGAGGAGGAGGAUCUGUCCGGCAUCUUUGUGAAGAGCAUCAUCGAGGGCAGCGCCGCCGAGAUGAGCCGCCAAAUUCAGAUCAACGAUCGCAUCGUCGCUGUCGACGGCCGCACCUUGGCCGGCGUGACCAAUCACCAGGCUGUGGAGUUGCUGCGCAACACGGACAUUGAGGUGCAUCUGACGCUGGAGCGUUUUCUGCGCGGCCGCAAGUUCGAGCAUCUGCAGGUGGCCCUCACCGAGAUGAAGGUGGGCGGCGGCAGCGCCAAUGCCAACGAUGGCGAUGCCCAGUCCCAGCUGUCGAUGCCCGCCUCGCCUUCGAUAGCGACGCUUAGCUGGCUGCCGCCGAAAUCGGCCGACGCGGACUCCAUUGUUACCGAUGCCGGUGAUGGCCAGCUGCUGCCCGACUUUCCCGAGCUGCCCUCGCGGGACACCGUCGACUCGAACAUGUCGCACAUGCUCGACCGCAGCGACCACAGUGCUCCGCCGCUCACCAAUGGCAAUGGCAGUGGCUUGGGCCAUGGACUGGGUGGGCAUGGCCACGAUCAUGACAGCGGCAAUGACACCGACGAGCAGUGUCCAGAGCCGGAGUCUGAAUUGAAGCUGCCACAGCAGCCGCAGCCGCAGCCGCAGCCGCAGCUCCUGCCCCAGUUCAAGUCAAAGUCAGAGACUGAGUCGAUAGCAGCGGCAGCCGUCGCCGAGCCGGAGCAUGGCAAGACGCCCACCAAUGAGCCGGAUGUGCCAGCGUUUAAGGGCACUGACACGGCCACGCCCGCCACAUUGGCCAGCCCCAGCGCCGCCUCGCUGCGGGUGGCCUGGAAAAGUGAGUUUCCCGAAAGUGAAAUAUUAGUUGCCGAAAUAAAUAAACUUUCAGGUCUAGGGAUCAGCCUCGAGGGCACCGUCGACGUCGAGUGCGGCAUUGAGAAGCGUCCGCAUCAUUACAUACGCUCAAUACUCGAGGACGGUCCCGUCGGCAAACAGGGCAUACUGCGGCCGGGCGACGAGCUGCUCCAGGUGAACGAGCACAAGCUCCAGGGCCUGCGUCACAUCGACGUGGUCAAGAUAUUGAAGGAGCUGCCGGCCAGCGUGAAGCUGGUCUGUGCUCGCGGCACGCGCGCUCCCUCGAUAAUCAAUACCUCCCAGAAUCCGGAGGCCUUCGAGACGCGCAGCCUGCUGCCCGGCGGCCAUCAGAGUCUGCAGAAUCUGCUGAGCAAGGCGCAGUCGGAGAGCUCCCUCUACACGUCGAGCACGGCAACGCUGACGGAAUCAGCGACGGCAGCUGGAGCUGCAGCUGCCACCGCCACCGCCGCCGUCGCCGGAGCGACAGUGCAGCGGUCCAAGUCGCUGGACAACAUGUCCGGUCUGGCGCUGUGGAGCAGCGACGUGACAGUGGUGCACAUUGAAAAGUCUGAGCAGGGCUUCGGUUUCUCUAUACUCGACUAUCAGGAUCCCCUCGAUGCGGAGGGCAGUGUGAUUGUGAUACGUGGCCUGAUACGCGGUGGUGCUGCGGAGGCAACCAACGAGAUCUUUCCGGGCGAUCGUCUAAUCAGCGUCGGUGAGCACUCGCUGCAAGGUCUCGAGCUCGACGAGGCGGUGGCCAUUUUGAAGGCCAUGCCACCGGGCCGAACGCGUCUCGGCAUUUGCCGACCCCUCUCCACCWCGGACAGCAACAGCAACAGCAACAUUGCCUCGCCGAUCGCCGACUCGGCAAGCAGCACAUAGUGCCAGGCGGAACUACAAUCUCAGCGACAGCUCAUGAUACAUUAUAUUUUUACCCUCAUAUUGGCCAGUUAAAUGUGAUGCAGCCAAAGCCCAAAUAAAACCCCGAAAAAAACCCAAAACCAGCUGCAGUAUAAAUCAGCGGAACUGAGCAUGCGACAAUUUGUACAUAGAUGACCCAUGACCCAUGGCAUAUAUUGUGCGAAUACAUAUGAAUAGUAUCUAGUUAUAUACAAACAAACACAGAGAGAGACCCACAUAACGUAGCUAUAACUAAUUGGUUCGACGGCGCUGACGUGUUAUUGAUCCACAGCCAACGUGGUAUAAAUAAAUAACUAGAUAGUUCUGCAUGGGAAAUUUUGAGAUUUCAGCAACAAGAACAACACCAGCAACAAAAUUGGGAAUAAAAUAUUUAUCACAAAUUGUAAUAAUCCAUCAAUUUAUAAUAACAAAUUUUUGUCGGCUGUCGAAGGACACAAAACACCCACAUCUAGUCAAAGAAAAUUUAAAUAUCAUAAAA